GCCAGAUUAGACAGAUCCGCAGGAAAAUGAGGGAGAUCAUGACUAACCAGGCUACAUCCUGUGAUCUGAAAGAGUUGGUCCGUAAGUUUAUCCCUGAAAUGAUUGGGAAAGAGAUUGAGAAGGCAACCUCUAGCAUUUACCCUCUACAGAAUGUAUUCAUUAGAAAAGUGAAGAUCUUGAAAGCCCCUAAGUUUGAUCUUGGGAAGCUGAUGGAGGUUCAUGGUGAUUAUUCAGAGGAUGUCGGCACAAAGGUGGACAGGCCUGCUGAGGAAACAGUUGUUGAGGGAGCCACUGAAGUUGUUGGAGCUUGAUCCGAUUCAUGAUGUAUUUUUGUUCGUUCUAGAGUUUCUUUUACUUUAUUUUAUUUGUUAUAAGUUUUG